AUGAGUCCAGUAGGAAAUCAGAAGAAGAAUGGUGACGACAACAACAACAAUACUAUUGAACCAGUGGUGAUUAUCGGCGCCGGCUGGGCGGGAUUGAGCGCCGCCAAGGACUUACUUAUUAACCAAGGCAUCCAAGCCAAAAUUCUGGAAGGUCGUCCAGUGAUGGGAGGUCGUUGUCGUACGGGUGUUGCGGAGGAUGGAGUGACGGCCAUUGAAUAUGGUCCGCAAUGGGUUCACGGCGUCCAGGCCAAGAAUCCCAUUUACCAGGCGGCACUGGAUGCCGGUGUGGAAAUGGCCCGUUCGGAUUACAACAGUCAAAUCAUUCUGCAAGAUCAUGUCGACAAACCCACGACGGAAGCGUCGGAAGAACGCAUGAAAUGGAUGGAAGAUUAUUUGAUGGAAGGCAAGGGCGGCUUUUGGGCCUAUCAAGAACGACGACAGGAUAAAGACAAUAAGGACUGUUCCUUACGACAAGCCGCAGAAGACUUUUUGGAUAAGAUUGAUGCUACAGACGAACAACGACUCUGGAUGUGGUACUUGCUGGAUUGUAACACGGCCCAAGAAUACGCCGCGUCGCUGGAAGACUUGUCCAUGUUCUGGUGGGAUUCCGAUGAAGAAAUGAAAGGAGGAGAUGUCUACCUCACACAAGACAUUCAUGGCGGAUACAAGGCGGUCCUGGAACAUUUCACCAAAGACUUUUCCCAAAAUAUUCAAUACAACAGCAAAGUCUCCGCCAUUGACUACAGUCACCAGGACCGGGUCGUCGUCACAUACACACAGGACGAUGGCGCUGUCCAAACCAUCACUGCUAAAAAAGUCAUUGUCACGGUCCCACUGGGCGUCCUUCAAAAGAAUAUCAUUCAAUUCACACCCGAUUUGCCACACGACAAACAACGUGCCAUUACGCGAAUGGGAAAUGGAGUCCUCAACAAGUGCAUCUUUAUUUGGGAGGAUUCGGAUGCCGACAACUUGCCAUGGCCGGCCGAUAAGGAAUGGAUCGAACGCAUGGUUACUGGGAAAGACCCCAAACAGCCGCAAGGAUUGUGGACGGAAUUUGUCAAUUAUCAACCCAUCAAUGGACGACCCGUCUUGUGUGGAUUCACCGUAGGACGGAUUGCCGAACAAGUGGAGGAAUUGUCGGAUCAGGAAAUUCGAGAUUCUGCGUUUGACGCAUUGAAAAAGAUGUUUUGCGACACGGAAAUUCCGGAACCCAAACAAGUGAUUAUCACUCGAUGGGGCGACGAUGAAUUCACGUAUGGAUCCUAUUCCUUCAAUGCCGUGGGUGGAAAUCAGUCCGAUCACUCUCGCAUUGCCGAGGGAGUCAACAAAAAGCUCUACUUUGCCGGGGAACAUUGUCAUUUACAGUAUUUUGGAACCUGCCAAGGAGCCUACAUGUCGGGAACCAAUGCCGUCAAACAACUGGUUCGAGAUGCCAACAAGGGAGGAGCGAAGAAGGGCAAGAAAAAGAACAACAACAAGAACAAAAAGGGGUUGCUCCAAGAACGGCUUGGUGGUUGUUGCCAAGGACUCGUGACCUACCUGCGUGGCGCUUGGCGUGGUUGUAAAUGA